ACGUUCUACAAACAAGUAACACUAAAGUAUCGUCCCUAAUUAAAUCACCUGAACAUGGUGGCUGGUUCGGAAAUAAAGUUAGAGGCUGGCUUAGUUCUCUGACAAAGUGGGCAAUUUUGGUUUCCAUAAACCUUUAUAACAAAUGCAAUAAAAAAGAUGGAACAAAUAAUAUUUACUCGUCGCAAGAACUUAUGAGCGAAAUUUCUAAAAAGUUGGGUUUAAAAGACGAAAUCAAAUCCAUAAGUCAAAAAAACGAACAAUCGGCCAAGACAAUUUGUGAAUUACGUGAAAAAUUAAAACAAUCCAGCAGUAAAGCCUCUCGUUUACAGGCUACUCUUGGAAACUUUACGAAUACCUCUUGGGGAGACGACACACACUACAGCACCGACCAAAUUUCAAAGGAUAUUAGCAAAUUACAAAAUGAUGUCUACGAAUUUACUCAAGUCGAUAGUACAGAUAAGAUAAACAAAGAUGCCGUUCACAAAUUCUUGUCUAAGCGUGGAUGUGAAGUUAUCUACGAAAACGCUACCGAGGAAGAUUUCAGGUCUUUAUUAAGCUCUAUUCUUCAACGAAUUUCACUUGAAAUCAUCUUUAAUGCCGAAAAACAUUUAAAAAAGAUGAAAUGUAGUGAGCGCGGAAUAGUAAACUACACUGAUGAUUUGAUUGGAUGUAUAACCGAUCUUUUCGAAACAAAUGACAAUAAACUCAUUACCAACGUCUACUUGAUAAAAAUACGGCAACUAAGUUAUGCAGCAUUGGUGACUCUGGGUUUUUCCAAACCUAAUCAUCCUUUCAUUGAGAGACUUACCAGGAUUCUCAUCGAUGAAAUGAAUAAAUAUCGUGAAGUAUCUGAAGAGAAAAGGAAAGCAGACUUACAAUCUGAAGCACACAACUUAAUCCGUUCUGGUAUUAGACUUCUGUUUUCAUUAAGUGCACAAGAGUCAAUACCGAAAAUUCAAUGGUAUAAAUACGGAGAUCAAGUAGUAGCUCAUUUAAUGGAUGGUCCGUGGAACAAGAAUAAGAUAAAUGACUUAAUGGUAAAGUGGUGCGACUUCCCUACAAUAAUUAUAAACGAUGAUCAGUUGCUCAGCAAAGCAAAUAUUUUAGUAUGUAAAAAGAAAGGUUAA